CUGUGGGGCAGGAUGUUGGCUGUGGGCAGCCUCCAGAAAGGAGCUCCUCGGGCCCUGUGGAAUCAGGAGCUUCCAGGUCUAGACAGGCCAACCUUUUGGUCUCUCCUCUGUCAAGCUGUGUCCAGGCUGAGGCCCAAGUCUUGGCCAGGAAGUCUGGGUGACACUGUGACCUUCCCCUAGGGGGGUUCCUGGGAGAGACCAAGUGGUGCCUGCCUUUAUCUCUGCCCGCAUCCUUCUCCCCACGUGGGGACAGACAACUGAUGGUACCGGGAUGGGAGCCGAGGGGAGCUCUGAUUGUUCGUAGUGCCAAGUGUCCCUAGGGCAAGGGCCAAGGAAGGCUUUUUCUGCCACACAUUAAGUUCAGUUCAACUGAGGUCUUGGGGCUUCAACUUGGCCGAGUUGUAAUUGGCCUGUUCCUCUGUAAUUAAAGACACCCUGUCACGACCAGAGUCCUCGGCCUCAGGCCCCUGGCCUCAAGCCAGCCCGGUCCUUAGGCUGACAGGUUCGUGACAAGCCAAACUUGUCUGUGAGGGUCUCUUUGUGAAAGGAGAUGAGGGACCCAGGUGCUUGGGAGAUCAGUGGGGAGAGCUCCCCAGCCUGGGAGCCCCCCAGCAGGGCUUAAUUGGCAUACAGAAAGAAUGACCGGCUCAUGUUAAUAAUCAUCCUGUGACCUGAGCUGUCCCUCCUCUCUCCAGGUUCAAAGCAGCUUGAGGUGUACCUGUCAUCUGGGAGUGCUUGCUUUCCUCAGCCUUCCUGGGACAGGGAAGGGCCACUCACAUUUGGACAUUAAGGCCCUGAAAUUAAGACACUGUUCAGAAUCACAAAGGGUGGUUCUAGCCAAACCAGAAACACUGGCCUGCUGUAUGCCAGUCAGGUGCUCCAUGCGCUCACUCCCAGCCAGGUCCCUCUUUACGCGUCUCCCGCCUGGUCGGUAACUUGGAAGCCUCUGGGAUGCCAGCCUCUCCUUCACCCGAGGUCAUGCCCCACAGAGACCAAGUGUUAGCAGCUGACUCCCUGAGACUGAUGGGGGGAUGGAAGGGAUUUGGCUGAGUUGAGAGGGCAGGUAUCCCAGGAUGGAAGGCGUCUGUGUGGCAAAGGCCCCGCUGCACCUGGGGCCCUCCACAGGGAAAUCUCUGAAGGCGAUUUCUGAAGGUAGUGCAGUUCUCUGCUGGGAGGAACCCACAGCGACACUGGGAAGAAAAGUGGGUCCAUUCCCAUAAGAACCUACACGCAGGGGGCUGUAGGACACCCCACCCUACUUCAGUACUGCUUGAAGUUAAGGUGAAAGAGAGAGGUCAGAAUCCUUUGGGGAUGAAGUCUCCUGGACCAGGUCACCUUGGGGACAGGGCUCAACCCCCUGACAGGCCUCGGCAUCCUUGGGGGUUAACAAGAGAAGCCAAGUGGAUCAGGAGCCUGCAGAUGGACUUGGGAAGCUGGUGCUGUGCCCACCAGGGCAGGCAGCGGGCAGGCAUCACCAGGGAGCCAAUCAGAGGAGGAUGGGACUGCAGAGGAAAGCAGCGGUCCCGCUGCAGCUGAGCUGUCCUUGGAGGGUGGGAGCCAAGGGAAGGGAGGGGGGAGGGGGUGGGGAAGCACAUUCCACAGGCUUUUUUGGCCCCUGACAGAGACAGGGGGGUCAGAGAGAAAGGGAGAGGAGCAAGUCAGGACGCCGGGUUACAAGAGCAUCAAGACCAGGCUGUUUCUGUGUGUGAGGAACUUUGCCUGGCAGAUAAAAUUAGACCUAGAGCUUGCUGACAGGGAGUCUGAAGCGUGGGACAUGGACCGUGUCCUGGGACGGCAAGGCAGUUCUGUCCCCGAGGAGAGGGCUGAAGCUGGGAUCAAGCGCUUUCUGGAGGACGCGGAUGACGCAGAACUGAACAAGUUCGUGACGGAUUUCCCAGGAAGCGAGACGUACCACCCACCAGAGGCCAAGACCUUGGUGCCCAGGCCCCAAAUCCAGGAGCCGAGGCCCCAGGCUUCAGACCUCUGCCAGGAUGACCUGGAGUUCAAAUCCCCCUCGUGGCCCCAGCCCUCUGACAGCCAGCAGUACUUCUCUGCCUCAGCCCCCCUCAGCCCCUCAGCCCGGCCCCGCAGCCCGUGGGGCAAGCUCGAUCCCUAUGACUCCUCCGAGGAUGACAAGGAGUACGUGGGCUUUGCGACCCUCCCCAAUCAAGUCCACCGGAAGUCUGUGAAGAAAGGCUUUGACUUUACCCUCAUGGUGGCAGGAGAGUCGGGCCUGGGAAAGUCCACGCUGGUCAACAGCCUCUUCCUCACAGAUCUGUACCGGGACCGGAAGCUCCUCAGUGCAGAAGAGCGUAUCAUGCAGACGGUGGAGAUCACUAAGCACGCCGUGGACAUAGAAGAGAAGGGCGUGAAGCUGCGGCUCACCAUUGUGGACACACCAGGUUUUGGGGACGCCGUCAACAACACAGAGUGCUGGAAGCCUGUGGCCGAAUACAUCGACCAGCAGUUUGAGCAGUAUUUCCGAGAUGAGAGUGGCCUGAACCGCAAGAACAUUCAAGACAACAGGGUGCACUGCUGCCUGUACUUCAUCUCGCCCUUCGGCCACGGGCUCCGGCCUCUGGAUGUUGAAUUCAUGAAGGCCCUGCAUCAGCGGGUCAACAUCGUGCCUAUCUUGGCCAAGGCGGACACACUGACACCCCCUGAAGUGGAGCGCAAGAAACGCAAAAUCCGGGAGGAGAUUGAGCACUUUGGAAUCAAGGUCUACCAGUUCCCAGACUGUGACUCUGAUGAGGAUGAGGACUUCAAAUCACAGGACCUGGCCCUAAAGGAAAGCAUCCCAUUUGCUGUCAUUGGCAGCAACACUGUGGUAGAGGCCAGAGGGCGUCGAGUUCGGGGCCGGCUCUACCCCUGGGGCAUCGUGGAAGUGGAAAACCCAGGGCACUGCGACUUUGUGAAGCUGAGGACAAUGCUGGUGCGUACUCACAUGCAGGACCUGAAAGACGUGACGCGGGAGACACAUUAUGAGAACUACCGGGCACAGUGCAUCCAGAGCAUGACCCGCCUGGUGGUGAAAGAACGGAAUCGCAACAAACUGACUCUAGAGAGUGGUACCGACUUCCCCCUUCCUGCCGUCCCACCAGGGACAGAUCCAGAAACUGAGAGGCUGAUCCGAGAGAAAGAUGAGGAGCUGCGGCGGAUGCAGGAGAUGCUGCACAAAAUCCAGAGACAGAUGAAGGAGACCCAUUAGCUGACUUUCAGCCCUGAAUAUUUAAACGCCGCCUCUUCGUCCUGCCUAUGUCGGCCCCUCCCAGCACCAGCUCUGCUCAGGCCCCUGCAGCUACUGCCACUUCGCCUUACAUCCCUGCUGCCUCCCCAGAGACUCAGAGGAAAUAAAGUUUAACAAAUCUGUAGG